ACCACCUGAAAUCAAUACGGGAUAAUUCUCCCAUCCCAUUCCAUUCCAGUUUCCAGUGCAUUCAUCAAAAUGUUGACGAGAGCGUGGACGUGCAUGUUUUCCCCGCGUCUCUACAAAAUCUACAGAGAUGGGCCUAAAGAAAACCCUUAUCAACCACAAGGGAUCGAAAAAUGGACUGACAAGUUCGUGGGUUCGGCCAACACCCUAUACAACAUUGGCUAUUACACUUCCCCCUUCAUCUUAAUGUACGCUUGGCGCCGUGGCUUCAUUUCGUCUUUCGAGACCCUGUUCCUGGUGCAAUGUCUGGGUGGAAUGAGCUGCCUCCUGGUGAUCGCGGUCAUUCUGAGGGGAAUAGCUCGUGCUAUGAACCCAAAAUACGUGGAGUUUGUGAACGCUUUGGCUGUCUCCCCCAACGAUACAAGAGCGCUGCUGAAUUCCAUCAGGAAGUACGACUUCGAUUUCAAGUACUGGCCGUGCACUUUCAGAGUGCCUCAGCGUGUGAGGUAUCCUUGGUUCACUAGCCCGUACAACCGCUGCGCCUCCCCCGACCUGCCCCCCUUCAAACGAGCCAUGAUCCAGACACUCGCCUACAUCGCCACUCAUACAUUCGGACUGCGGCUCAUCUAUCCCGGCUCUGUGGCGCUGAUCAACCAUGUCUUGUGGGUUCCGGCAUUGCAAGGAAGGACUCAAUUGGUUGAGGGGUUCGAGGGACAGAGGACUAAGGUUGGGACGGCUGAAAAUAACUACAUCGACACGAUGUUUAUCGAUAAUCGGGCGCAUAGCGCGAAGGGGCGCACGCUCGUGGUGUGCUGUGAGGGCAACUCGGGCUUCUACGAGGUGGGGAUCAUGACGGCUCCCGCUAAGACUGGAUACUCCGUGCUGGGCUGGAACCAUCCUGGAUUUGGAGGGAGCACGGGCCAACCUUACCCGUCCCAAGAGCAGAACGCAAUAGACGCCGUGAUUCAGUACGCUAUCAACGAGCUGAACUUUAUGCCCGAGAAUAUGGUCAUGUACGGCUGGAGCAUCGGCGGGUACACGGCCACCUGGGCUGCCGUCAACUACCCCAUGAUGAGGGGACUGAUUCUGGACGCCACCUUCGACGACCUGCUGCCCCUUGCCGAGAACCAAAUGCCGCCCUCCUGGUCGCUGCUGGUGAAGGAAGUGGUCCGCUCGCACGUGAAUCUGAAUGUCGCAGAGAUGGUGGAAAAGUUCAACGGGCCGGUGCAGCUGAUCCGUAGGACUGAGGACGAAAUCAUCUCGCUGCGCCAAGGAGUCCUCUCAACGAACCGCGGCAACCCGCUCCUGGUCCGCCUGGUCGAGAGCCGCCACCGCAUGCUGCACUCGAACACCCGCGAAUGCCUCCGCCAACUGGUCGGCCUGAACGACGCUCAGAGGACCUCGCUCAACUUCACGUCCAUCAACGAGUACGAGCAACGAGCGCUGCGCCUGAUCGGAACCUACCUACGUGACAUCAAGACCAACCAUUGCUCGCCGCUCACCGAGAUGCAGUUCGAUUCCAUCAUGACCAUUAUCCUGAACAUGGCGCACCCGGCUGCCUAAGGGCACGUUGUAAGUGACCCUGUCACUUACCAACACCAAGCCAUCAGGCACGCUUGGGAAGUACGCUUGUAUGUGGACCUCCCGCCCGAAGACCGGUCGUCGGAACGCCCAGCCGGGAGCGUUUCGAUCGUGUAAUAGACAAUCGCAGCUGUGCAAUUAUUUUGUUCUUGUUCCUUUUGUAGUCAGCGCUAAUAGGGCAUUUCACAUUCUAAAUAGCAACUUCUGUGUAUUUGUUUAAGAGCACUAUUAAUGUAAACUGUGCACUUGUUGGUUUAUGACUGGAUUUAGAAAUCAAUUUGUCUUUGGAUUGCCACUAAGGGAUUACACACUAAUUUCUAUACGAAAUGUAAAAGUGUCAGAUUUUUGUUGGUGUUGGUGGUGUCAGUAAGUAGAAUUUGAAAGCUAAGGCUCGGCGAAUGUAUUCCCAUUUUCAUGUAUACGUAUCUCUCUCUCUCUCUCAUGCAAACAUUCCAGAAAUUUUGCGUAAUCAAGCCGAACGACAAUAUUGUUUAUGAUCGUAUUUGAAUCGCAUAAUUCAGUUGACACAAAAUAUUAUCAAACUACAGAACCUUACUAAGAAUGUGCGCAGUUUUGUAUGGGGUAGUGUUUCAUGGGGAAAUAUGUUCAAUUUGGUCAAUAUCAAUUAAAAUUGCUCCAGUAAUUAAAAUGUAGUGCAUAUCGUAUAGCAGUGUAUGUUCCUUUUUGAAAAAAGGUCAACCUGUAGUGACCUCAUGUCAGUGUACUAGAAUAUAAUUUCUGGAAGUGAUACAUUUUUUGUCAUUUUAAACAUGUAAUUCACAGUAGCUAUGAUGAGUUUCUAUAGAUAUAAGGUGUAUUAUGAACUUUACAGGAAAAUGUUAAGACCAGAUUUUGUGGGAUGUUACUCCCAUAAUAUUUAGGUAGGUUUUGUAUGAAUAGCAUUUGUACAAAAUCGGUCUUUAUUUUAUAAAAUUUUUACUUAACGCACUGUCUGGUUUCAAUCGACAAGUUUUAAAAUUUACUAUUUUAAGAGUAGAGACAAAAUGUUUUCUUGAAAAUGUUUCACUAAGCGAGGUCCAAAUUGAAUCGCAAUCUUAUAGCGCAUUGGUGCAAGAGUGUGAGGCGUACCUGGUUUUUUAAAAAGACUAGGCAAUUGACUGCACGCGAAUGUAUCAUGUUCAAAUGUCCUGAAGAGCAUGAGUUCAAUAUUUAUUUUAUAUUUAAUUAUUUAAUAAAUUGACAUGACAUGAAAUGUCAAGUGAACUUAAAAUUUUGCGGUCAUGUUUCGGCCUCGUCUGACGUAAAACAUUGUCGUCACGUGAUCAUUGUCCACCAGAGUAUUUUCUAUAAAUAAAUUCUAGAAGGAUAGUCCAUUGCGGUCCAUAUUUUGCGGAUCCUUCAAACGGGUAAUUUAGAUAUUUAUCAGGUGGUGAAUUAAAAGAUUGAAAGUGUGAUUCUACGUUAGGGAUAAUGUUUAUCGUAAGAAACGGGUUUGGGAUUAACGAACAAAAAUCGAAUUGUAUUAGGCAUUAUUUAAACCUUGACUAAAAUAACAUCUCAAGGUGUGACUAUGAAAUUAUAUGUCCAUGUACGUCUGUACUAUUUAAAUGAUAUAAAUGUAUUUAUAAAAGUAUUGCAUAGUCUUGAGAGAGACAUUGUUGGACACAUUUUUUUUUAGUAGAGGGGAUAAAAUUAAUACAUGUGUAAUGAAAUCGAUGUUAGGUGAUAAUGACUUUAUAUUAAUCUGAAUGUCACUAUAUUAUAGUAAUCUUAAUACAUUACACAGGCCUUGUUUAUGGAAACAGGGCGGAGCCAAAGAAGGUGGAAUUAAUAUGGUCUGGAAGCAUUACGUAUACAGGUCCAUAAACGGGGUCUAUACAUGUUAGCUGUUAAUAUCGAUAGAGGGCCUGUACAGAGUUGCACUUGGCGUCUUGAUUGUAUGUACAUAAUCGAGAACUCGCUUGGUAUUUAGGUUGGAAAUGCGCUUUUCGAACGUGGAGAAUUGUCCCAGGCCCUCAAGUAACCACAUAAUCAUAAUAAUCUUAUUUAAAUAUUUGAUAAGUGUAGACAAUACUUAUGGAAUCAAAUCGAUCUUACCGGACCCUUCUUCUAUUUAAACUGAGCUCAAUCUAUCCUGAAUAGAAUUAUUUUUGUCCACGGUCUCUAGUCAAGUUUCUUCCAUCUAAGGCCAAAAGACUAUUUAUUUUUGUAAUUUCCCUAAAAUUUUAAUGAGUAAGUAACUUAUAUUAUUGGUG